CAACAAGCUGGUUGUGGCCGCGGUAGUGAAGUCAGUCCGGGCAGUACCGAGAGAUCUCUGAGGGGAUGUGACAGAUCGCCCGGCGGUUGGACAGAGGAUGUUGCAGCCUGGCAAUUACAGUCUGGUGCUGUCCCUGCAGUUCCUGCUGCUGCUUUUCGACCUAUUUGUCAACUCCUUUUCUGAGCUCCUGCGGGAUCCCCCAGUUAACCAGCUGGUACUGUUCAUAUUGCAGGAUGUGGGCAUUCUGUUUGCGGCCAUCGUCCUGUUCCUCAUGUUGUUUAACACGUUUGUGUUCCAAGCCGGGCUGGUCAGCCUCCUGUGUCAGCGCUUCCAGGUCACAGUCAUUCUGUGCGCCGUCUACAUAGCGCUGAGCAUCUCACUGCACGUCUGGCUCAUGAACCUGCGCUGGACAGGAGCCAACCGUUUUGUCUGGUCGGAUGGGUUACUGGCUUUGUUUGUUUUACAGAGGUUUGUUGCCGUGUUGUACUUCUACUACUACAAAAGGACGGCUUUAAGCAUGGGAGACUCUCGCUUUUAUCACGACUCUCUGUGGCUGCGGAAGGAGUUUGCACGCGUGCGAGGAUGAUCACGCUUACAGAAAAAGCUAUUCCAAAUAUCUACAUGAAUUGUUUAUUGGGAUGGAUCCAUUCCCGGCGGCGCUGCAGGGCACAUACGCACAGAUGGAGCGCAUACCUCCCAUGGAGAGCGCACACAUUGCUUUAAUGAGCCACGACAUAAAGGUGGCUUUUUGCAAGCCGAGGGCCAUUCUUUCUCCUGUUUGUUGACCCAAUCCGGAACAUUUUUAUAGAGACGAUUUUGGCAAAGGAAUAUAUUAUUUUAGUAGAAGAAACAAUGCAUUCCCCUGGCUGUUUAUUUGUUUAGGUUGGUUUUGUAUUUAUUUCCUUGAGGAAAGAAUCUUUGUUACAAUAACAAUCUGCCCCAAAUGACUCAAAUUCAUUUCAUGGUGCGCUCCACUUAUAUUUAAUGAAGGGGCUUAUUCAUCAGCUGUUGUUAAAGGGAUAGUGACACCCUCACACGUUAUUCAGGAACCGCCAUUAUCCCUUUAAUAUACUAUCCAGCGCCCUCACAACUGACCUACGUACAUUUUUGCAGACCCCCAUUACCUGCUUUAGUCACCAUCUCAGCUUCUGUCCAUGAUGUCUCAUUGGUCAUUGCUGCACAGGGUGGGCCAAAGUCCUGAUUGGUUAAGGGCAAAUAUAAACAAUGCCCUAGCUUCUGGGUUUGGUCCAGGUUGCCAUAUAUGUUUACCAUCCCAGUGCAUUUUCUGAUGUCAGAUUUUCCUUCACAACAUACUUGUUUGGCAUGGGGAGAUCAGUGGGGGGGGAGUGGUGAUGUUUACCGGCAGGGAUCACGUCUGGGUUUUUCCCAGUGUUCCGUUGGCCCAGUCAAACCCUGAGUGUUCAAGAGGCUGAACAAGGUGCAUUAAGCCAUAGACCUCUAGGGACCAGAUACUGUUCACUUUAUAUUUUUGUAAAAUGCAUAUAAACCUUCCAAAAUGCCAUUUUUUUUAUAAGAACUGCAAUAAAAAUAGUAAAUGAUUUAGA